GUGGGGCAAAUUGAGGCGGCAGGAUGUCUUCUGGUGCUUUAUUUCCAAGCCUGGUGCCAGGCUCCAGGGGCUCAUCUAGCAAAUACUUGGUAGAGUUCCGUGCAGGAAAGAUGUCUUUGAAAGGCAGCACUGUUACACCAGACAAGAGGAAAGGUCUUGUAUACAUCCAGCAAACAGAUGAUUCCCUCAUUCACUUCUGUUGGAAAGACAGGACUUCUGGGAAUGUGGAGGAUGACUUGAUUAUUUUUCCUGAUGACUGUGAAUUUAAGAGGGUGCCUCAGUGUACUACUGGCCGUGUAUAUGUGUUGAAAUUCAAAGCUGGGUCCAAGCGACUCUUCUUCUGGAUGCAGGAACCCAAAACCGAGAAAGAUGAGGAGCACUGUCGUAAGGUGAACGAGUAUCUCAACAAUCCACCAAUGCCUGGGGCUCUGGGUGGUAGCGGAAGUGGAGGCCAUGAACUUUCUGCUCUUGGAGGUGAAGGUGGUUUGCAAAGCCUUUUAGGAAACAUGAGCCAUAACCAGCUCAUGCAACUGAUUGGACCAACAGGCUUAGGGGGACUUGGUGGGCUUGGUGCUCUGACAGGUCCGGGCCUGGCAAGUCUUCUGGGAAGUGGGGGGCCUCCGACGAGCAGCUCUUCUUCAAGCUCUCGCAGCCAGUCAGCCGCUGUGACACCAUCUUCCAGUACUUCCUCCACACGGGUGACGCCCGCUCCUACUGCUCCAGCCGCUGCCGCCACUACUGCUGCAGCCACCAGCCCCAGUCCUGCCCCAAGCUCAGGAAAUGGAACCAGCACAGCGACAAGCCCGACCCAGCCCAUCCAACUAAGUGACCUCCAGACCAUCUUAGCAACCAUGAAUGUGCCUGCUGGCGCAGGAGGACAGCAAGUUGACCUGUCCAGCGUACUGACCCCUGAAAUAAUGGCGCCCAUUCUGGCAAACACAGAGGUUCAAGAGCGCUUGCUGCCUUACCUUCCUUCAGGGGAAUCUCUGCCCCAGACAGCAGAGGAGAUCCAGAACACACUGACCUCUCCACAGUUCCAGCAGGCACUGAGCAUGUUCAGUGCUGCCUUGGCUUCAGGGCAGCUGGGGCCUCUGAUGAGUCAAUUUGGCUUACCAGCUGAGGCAGUAGAGGCAGCAAACAAAGGUGAUGUAGAGGCCUUUGCAAAAGCAAUGCAGAACAAUGUCAAAUCCGACCAAAAGGAAGAAGACUCAAAAGAAAAGAAGGACGAAGAGGAAGACAUGAGUUUAGAUUAGGUUUCUUAACUGUGUCUCAUGGGUACUCCUAGAUAAUAACUUUUAAGAUAAGUAGGAUCACUAGCUAAUGUCAUGUAUUGAAUCUACAAGUAAAGGAUCUCUCUGCCAAAAUUAUUCUGGGUAUAUUGGGUCCCCCCCACCCCGCACUGUUAAACAGAUGUUUUUCUUUGGCCGUAAAAUACACUUGCCCUUGGAAAUGAUUUGGCUUACCUAAUUGAAAUCUUGCAUCCACUGUAGUUGCUAGCUCGAAGGUUGGGGUUAACUCACAUGCAUCACACUGGCAACAUAGUUCAUAAAUUUUAUAUUUUGUUAUUUGUACAGCUCACAUCCAGAGUUAGUGGACAGUCAUAAAAGGCCUUGUCUGUAUGCAGCAGAAUGUUUUGACUUCUUAAAACUUAUCUAUGUGAGAAAUUGCUUGGAUUUAGCAGUCUCAUUGUGAGAACUAUUCACACCUAAGGCUGUGUGUCUUAUUUCUACCAAGUCCCAUCUGUCACGAUUCAUUAAACGUUUGAGGGGGGAGCUGACCAUUUGUGCUGGUUUUAUGGAGAGGGUCAGGCACGGGAAGACCCUCUUUUGCAAGUCUAUCUCCACAUGUUGGUCUUAAGCUCUACGGCAAUAAACUAAAAAAUGUCUAGCUUUGACAUUCAUAA